CCGCCUCCUCAUACGCCCGUUAAAACACUCCCCCACCUCUGGGCCGCCGGGGCCCACCCAUCGCCGUCGCCACCCUCCCCACCCCAUCGGCCUCGCCGGCCGCCGCAGAUGGGCCAGCCGCGGCGGCGCGGCAACCCGCACGGCCACCACCUCCGGUGCCCGCGCCGCAUUGCGCUGCCGGCGGCCGCGCUGGCCCUGCUCUUCCUCGCCGUCACGCUCCUCGCGGCCUCAUUCCUCUUCGCGCCGCCGCUCGCGGACCUCCGCCCCGGCCUCGCCGCCUCCUCCACCUCCCGCCGGUUCCUCCGCCGCUCCCCGACGAACGGCUCCGCCGGCGAAUUGAUGGGCUCCGAGAGCGGCGGGCCGUUCAUUGUUCCGACACACGGAUGGAUUCGGCAGGAUGAUCUUUGGCGCUCAAAGCUUGCUAGCAACUUCUAUGGAUGCAGCAACUGUAGCAGUAAAUUUCCUGAUUCCAGCAUUACUACACAACCGGAUCGAUUCCUAAUUGUUGUUACAAGUGGAGGCCUCAAUCAGCAGAGAACAGGGAUAGUUGAUGCUGUAGUUGCUGCACGCAUUUUAAAUGCUACACUUGUUGUUCCCAAAUUGGAUCAAACAUCUUUCUGUGCAGCAUUGAGUAUAAAAGAAAUGUGCGUGCAGGCACCUAUUCCAUGGAAUUCAGCUGUGGCAAAGUCAUCAAGUCCGCCGUGAACAAUGUAUGCGAAGGUUCUCAAGCAAUGUAGUAUGCAUGGGCUGACAUGCUGCCCCUAUUUUUAUUAUGAAUCACUUUAUUGGCAAUUGAUAUAUAAAUAUGGUAGGGUUUGAACAAUCUAUUAUAUCUUAUUAUUUGGGGAACAAAAAGAGCCUUCACGUUU